AUGAAUACUGGCGGUAUUCAUCGGUUGAAUUCACCACUAAAGAACUAUGAUAACUUCAAUUGUGCCUAUCGUAAGUCCAAGGAAAUCGUCUUCGAAGCGGUGAACUUGGAUGAAAAGUCGAACAGAACCGGUAAGAACUCUUGGUUCAAAUUGCCUGAACGAUUGAAGCUGUUGAACAUGUCCGUAACCGCUUCAGUGAUUUGUAGUUGA